AUGACAUGGUGGUGCAUGCCAAGGGAGCCGAGUACCAGCGGCGGAUCGUACGCUGGCGGGGGCGCCAACAAGCAGCUGGACGACGACGGGGAGCCGGUCGACGGGCUGAGCCCCAAGGCCAUCGAGAACAUCCUCAAGGAGCACAACGCAUUCCGCGCCAAGGAGCAUGUGCCCCCUCUCACGUGGAACGCGACGGUGGCCCAGUACGCGCAGCACUACGCGAACGAGCGCAAGGGGGACUGCGCGCUGAAGCACUCGACGGGGCCGUACGGGGAGAACCUCAUGUACGGCGAGGGCAGGACGUGGACGUGGCGCCACACCGUCGACGAGUGGAGCGAGGAGAAGCAGAACUACCACUACGGCACCAACAGCUGCGACGCCGGCAAGCAGUGCGGCCACUACACCGCCGUGGUGUGGAAGCACACCACCGCCGUCGGCUGCGGCCGCGUCACCUGCACCAGCGGCGACACCCUCAUGGUCUGCAGCUACUACCCGCCAGGGAACUACGACGGGGAGAAGCCAUUCUAA